CGGGCAGUAAGGCAGGACCCCACUAGCGCGGGGCAAGCAAUUUGACACACUUAUUAGAAAAAAACUUCCCCUCCUCUUUUUUCUCCUCCUCAUUCCUCCUUCGUCUCUUUGUCUGUCAACUGGUUCGUUCUCAGCUGCCUCAGCAAAGCAAUCAAGAUGGCUUUCGGAACUCUCUUCACCCGCGAGGUACAUACUCUCGAGCAUUGAAAUUGAAUCUGAAUUUGCUGCAAGUUCAAACAAAGAGCGUCGUUACUGACUGGUCUUGGUUCUUCCAGAACAACUGCCGUUCUACCGCCAUCCGCGCGGUCGCUAAGGCCAACGACAUCGAGCUCAACAUCGUUGAGGCCGAGAAGGGCAACGCUACCGUUGAGCACCUCAAGGCCAACGGUCUCGGCAAGAUCCCUGCCUUCAUUGGCGAGGAUGGUUUCGCUCUCUCUGAGUGCAUUGCCAUUGCCAUCUACAGUAAGUGAAGCUGUGCGCGAUGCGUGCCUAAUCUGGCACCACUUUUCUUCCUUCUUACCCCUCCCUUGCGAGUGAUGACCUAGCAUUAUUAUACAGUUAUCCCUGUCUGAAAUGUCUUUUUCAAGAGCUAUUGUGUGGAUAUCGCCUAACUUCUGACCCUGCAACCCAAUUCCUUGUCUAUGUUGUCAGCUUUGUCGGGAUCUUUGCUAACCCCGCUAUAGUCACCUCCCAGAACGAGAAGACCACUCUUCUCGGCAAGACCAAGCAGGACUAUGCUUCUAUCCUGAAGUGGAUGUCCUUCUUCAACUCCGAGAUCCUUCCCAGCCUCAUCGCUUGGUUCGGUCCCCUCAAGGGCGACGCUCCCUACAACAAGAAGAACGUCGAUGAUGCCUCCAAGGCUUCCCUGAAGGCUUUCUCCGUUGUCGAGGAGCACCUCAUCCGCAACACCUUCCUUGUUGGCGAGCGCAUCACCCUUGCCGACCUCUUCGCUGCUGGCAUCGCCGUCCGUGGCUUCCAGUACUUCUUCGACAAGCAGUGGCGUGAGGAGAACCCUGCCGUCACUCGAUGGUUCGAGACUGUCCGCGCUCAGCCCAUCUUCGCCGAGGUUGCUGAGAAGGUUGAGCUCCUCGAGACUCCCGCUCUUACCAACACUCCCCCCAAGAAGCCUGAGCAGCCCAAGAAAGAGGCCAAGAAGGAGGCCGCCCCCGCCGCUGAGGCUGCUCCCGCUGCUGAGGAGGCUCCUGCUGCCCCCAAGGCCAAGCACCCUCUCGAGGCUCUCGGUCGCCCCUCUUUCCCUCUCGAUGAGUGGAAGCGCCAGUACUCCAACAUCAAGGACCACAACGAGGCCAUGAAGUACUUCUGGGAGAACCUGAACUUCGAGGAGUACUCCAUCUGGAAGGUUGACUACAAGUACAACGAGGAGCUUACCCUCACCUUCAUGUCAAACAACCUGAUUGGUGGCUUCAACAACCGUCUUGAGGGUUCCCGCAAGUACAUCUUCGGAUGUGCUGCCGUCUACGGCGAGAACAACGACUCCGUCAUCCAGGGUGCUUUCGUCAUCCGAGGCCAGGAGCACGUUCCCGCCUUCGAUGUCGCCCCCGAUUGGGAGAGCUACAACUUCGAGAAGCUCGACCCCUCCAACCCCGAGCACCGGCAGUUCGUCUCGGAUGCCUGGGGCUGGGAGAAGCCCAUCACCGUGAACGGCAAGGAGUACAAGCUUGCUGACGGCAAGGUCUUCAAAUAAACAAAUCAAAAAAAGGAAAAAGAAAACAAGAGCGAUGAUGAUAAUGGCUUAUGGUUAAAUGGUUGGGAGGGUAAAUGAGUUUAUGAUACUUUAUGCCUCAUGAAGGCCCUGCCGGCUGGCAAUUCCCUAUGUAGUACCCAAAAGAACGAAGAGCUGUCUGUUACUUAUAGACAAUUGAAAGGAACUUUUUUUUUUUGAGAUCAAGUUUUAUGUGUCGCCUUUGGCAAUGACCAUUUAUGUUCUAUCAUCAACACGCUAUGAAGUUGUAUCUCAUGAGGCCUCGGGCCUCGGGUAUCUCUAAAUGAAUCUAAACCGUCUAUGAUAUCCUGCG